AUGGAGAAAGGGAACAAUACACAAUUUAAAUAUUUCCUCUUACAAGGUUUUGGUGAAUUUGGGGAUUUUAGGUUUGUUCUAAUCACUCUGUUUCUAUUUGCCUAUCUUUUAACCCUUGGGGGAAACAUGCUAAUUAUUUUUGUGAUAUACAGUCAUGCAAACCUGCACACCCCCAUGUAUUACUUUAUCACACACCUGUCCUUGUUGGAAAUGUGGUAUAUAUCUACAACAGUGCCCAAGCUUUUGUCUCUCUUGCUGACCAGUGACAAAAGGAUUUCAUUUGAGUUUUGUUUUGCGCAGCUCUACAUGUUCCAUGGCUUAGGAAUCACAGAGUGUUGGUUGCUUGGGGUAAUGGCCUUUGACCGAUGUAAUGCGAUCUGCAAACCUCUUAAGUACAGUGCUAUUAUGCAUACCAGAAGGUGUAAUCAACUGGCCUUGAUCUGCUGGUCUUCUGGAUUUCUUUCUUCAGCUAUUCCAAUGACUUUAACCCUAAAGCUGCCCUUCUGUGGGCCGAAUAACAUAAACCACUACUUCUGUGACCUAGCGCCCCUCAUGGAUUUGGCAUGUAUAGAUACAUCACUAAACCAAACUAUAAAUAAGUGUGUCAUUUGCAUUAUCAACUUGGCUUGCCUAUUUUUUAUCAUAUUAAUGUACCUUCUCAUUAUAGUUUCCAUCAUGAAAAUAAGGUCCAUCAGAGGUCGACUAAAAGCCUUCUCUACCUGUUCUUCUCAUCUUACAGUAGUGGUGCUCUUUUUUGGCACUGCUUUUAUUGUGUAUGUUAGCCCAAAAGGUGCCCAUUCAAUGGACUAUGACAAGUUCUUUGCCUUAGUGUAUGCUAUGUUUAUUCCAUUUUUAAACCCUUUUAUUUACAGCUUAAGAAACCAAGAAGUGAAGAUGGCCAUUAAAAAAGAUUUUCAAAUACUUCUGCAAUACAUAUUUUUAAGAUAA